AUGCCUAGGCUUCUCGAACAGCUAUAGAGUAGGUAUCUAUCUUGUGUUCAGAAAUAUGACUUCAGGAUGAUCGUCAAGUCUAUUCGUCUAUGGGAUGUCAAAACAGGAUAAUAAAAAGCCAAAUUAGAUGGUCAUAGUAACACUGUCUGCUCAGUUUAUUUCUCUCCUGAUGGGAAUACAUUAGCUUCUGGUAGUAAAGAUAACUCUAUCCGUCUAUGGGAUGUCAAAAACAAGCAUUGUUCAAAUUAUAGAUUUAAAGAAAUUUAGGUUAAAAAUACAAGAUAUCCUUUUUUUAACACCCCUUUGCAGUAAAAGAAUAUUAUUUAAAAUUUAGAUACAUCUAAUAUUAUGGUUUACCCAGACUUCAAUUUUGUAUAGGUUUGAGAGUUUUUUAAAAACAACCCUUUCCUUUUAAGAGAAUUAUUGGAGUAACACUUGAUUAAUUUAAAAACUAACCUAUAUUAACCCUUAAUUUAAAUCUAUUUUAAUUUACUUCUUGUGACUUUUAUUUGUUGAUAGAGUUCUAUUUUAUAGUUUUUUUCUUUUUUAACAAUCUUGAAGCAUUACUAAAAUGGAAAUUAAUUUAGCACAUUUUAAAAUAUUAUGAAAUAGAACUUUUAGUUGCAUGA